AUGUUUCAGCUGUCAACAUUUCUAGGCACCGGCAUUCUGGUUCUGGCCUAUCUGGCCUAUCUUGCCGUUUAUAGGUUGACUCUCAGUCCCGUGGCUCAUAUACCAGGGCCAACCUUGGCAAAGCUCACUUUCUGGUAUGAAUUCUACUACGAUGUGGUCUUGACAGGACAAUACACAUUCAAGAUCAAGGAGCUGCAUAAGAAAUACGGCCCUGUAAUACGCAUCAACCCAGAAGAGGUCCAUAUCGCAGAUGCCGAUUUCUACGAUGUCAUCUACACGGGCUCGACACAGAAACGAGACAAAUGGGCAUGGUUCUGCAAUCAAUUCGGGAUCCCGGACUCGGCCUUCGCCACUGUGAAGCACGAUGUUCAUCGCAUGCGACGCAAUGCUCUCAAUCCCUUCUUUUCAAAGGGCAAGGUUCGGAGUCUCCAGCCAUUGAUUGAGGGCGUUGCGCAUAGGCUGUUGUCACGGUUCGAAGAGUUCAAACAAAGCGGCGAGCAUUUCAAGUUGUCGAUGGCAUAUGCUGCUUUGACAAAUGACAUCGCGGAAAUGUACGCUUUGGGGCGCAAUGAUAACCGAGUGGAAGCAAAGGACUUUGACCCAAGUUUUCAUGAUGCUUCUGUGGUGGGCAGCACUAUGGGACACCUUACCAAACAGAUGCCCUGGAUUCUCGGCCUUAUGCAAUCACUACCUGACUCGGCGGCCGUUAUGAUGAAUCCAGACAUGGCAUCAUAUGUCAAACUUCAAAGAGAUAUCAAAGCUCAGAUUGAGAUCAUCCAAAAUCAUCGCGGAGACACCAUGUACAAAGAUGCGCGGCAGAAGACCAUCUUUCAUGAGAUACUCAACAGUGAUCUUCCGGAAUCAGAGAAGUCGCCUUCUCGGUUAUGGCAAGAUGGUCAAGUCACCGUCAUUGCAGGGACCUUGACUACGGCCUCAGCAUUAUCGUAUGCCACUUACUGCUUCCUGACACAACCAGACACACUCAAAAGACUUCGUGAUGAGCUUAGGACAGCCAUACCCGAUCCCAACCGCCUGCCACCUUUGGCCACUCUUGAGCAACUGCCCUUCCUCCGGUCGUGUAUCAAGGAAGCUCUCAGAUUGAGUAAUGGGGUCAGUUCGAGAUUACAGCGGAUUGAUCCCGAAAAACCCAUCAUCUUCACGGACAGAGUCAUGAUGAAAGGCAAAGAUUACGUCCUACCACCUGGAACACCCAUUUCAAUGACCGGAAUGCUGAUACACACAGACCCUGAAGUAUUCGACAAGCCCGGUGUCUUCAAUCCUCAGCGCUGGCUUGACAAUCCAGGCCUCGACAAGUAUCUUGUCCCAUUUGCUCGUGGUUCAAGGCAGUGCAUCGGGAUGGAUCUGGCAUACGCAGAAUUAUACGUUGCUUUGGCAUUGAUUUUCAGACUCUAUGGUAGCAAGGAAGUGAGAAUGGACGAUGAUCGAGCCUACCUGGAGCUCUAUGAUACACAAUUUGAGCGAGACAUCGAAAUUGUUGGUGACGGUAUUACCCCACUCAAUCGGAAAGAGAGUCAAGGCCUCAGGGUGUGUGUUUCCAGGGCAUAG